UGCUGUAGCAGGCAGGAGGAAAGGAUCGGGGAGCAGCACUGGUUACUGCACAGCGCUUGAGGAAAGCAUGGAAGAAUGUGCACCAGUAACGAGGAGAGAAGGGACAGAGGCUUGGCUGGACCCUGCCUGUCUGCUACGUUUGAGAACGAAUGACCUCAGAACGUUGGCAGGGAUGCCACAGCUGAUGCUUCACUAAUGAUAACAGCACCAUAGGGCUUCCUGAUACUCUGAGGCACAGGCCUUGUCAAACAUGUAGAUGCGAACACUAACAACUUGCCACUCACUAAUGCAGUACUUACAAGUGGCCAGGGAACAGGUACAACUAUGCUUCCCCAUGGCAAGCCCUUCCCUCCGUGCCCCUACUAACCUGCAUGGUGUGGGUGCCUUUAAGAACCACGAGGACUGAUCACUUGGCCCUUUUAUACACCUCUAAGAACAGCUUCACAAAAAUGUCUUUGGAGUGGCUGAUGGACUGGAGCUGGUCACUGGAUGGACUCCGGGACUUUAUAGCUACAGGGAUCCAGUCCUUCCGGGACUGUGACACCACUGCACUCACUGCUGUUGCUUGCCUCUUGGUGCUGUUUGUUUGGUACUGUUACCACGUUGGCAGGGAGCAGCCCCGCACAUAUGUCACUGUGAAUUCCCUCAUGCAGAGCUCCGAUGCCAGUGGCUUACAGAAUGGGUACGCUUACUGCCGCUCCCCCGAGUGUGUGCGCUGCACACGUAAUGACGGGCUUAACCAGAAACUCUAUCACAAUCUGCAGGAAUAUGCCAAGCGCUACUCCUGGUCUGGCAUGGGCAGGAUCCACAAGGGCAUCCGAGAGCAAGGGCGCUACCUAAACAGCCGACCAUCCAUCCAGAAGCCAGAGGUCUUCUUCUUACCAGACUUACCAACAAUGCCCUAUUUCUCACGGGACGCUCAAAAACAUGACGUGGAGUUACUGGAACGCAACUUCCAUACCAUCCUGUGUGAAUUCGAGACCCUCUACAAAGCCUUCUCAAACUGCAGCCUCCCGCAAGGAUGGAAAAUGAACAGCACGCCCAGUGGGGAGUGGUUCACCUUUUACCUGGUGAACCAGGGCACGUGCGUUCCCAAGAACUGCAGGAAAUGCCCACGGACGUAUCGCUUACUUGGGAGCCUCCGCACCUGCAUUGGCAACAAUGUCUUUGGGAACGCAUGCAUCUCUGUGCUGACCCCCGGCACGGUCAUUGCGGAGCACUAUGGACCAACCAACAUCCGCAUACGAUGCCAUUUAGGUCUGAAGACUCCCAGCAACUGCGAGCUGGUGGUGGGUGGCGAGCCCCAGUGCUGGGCUGAAGGCCGAUGCCUCCUGUUUGACGAUUCCUUUCUGCACACUGCAUUUCAUGAAGGUCCCCCUGAAGAGGGCCCUCGUGUGAUCUUUAUGGUGGAUUUGUGGCACCCGAAUGUUGCAGCUGCCGAGCGCCAAGCCCUUGAUUUUAUCUUUGCUCCAGGACGAUGAUCGUGCUUCUUUCCCCUAGUGGGUUCAAGGGCAGGUGGUGGGCCUGCUGGGGCUUUGCCUCAUGCAGCUCCACUGCGCUUCCAUCUCCACCUGUGCAAGCCUG